CUUUCCUUUUACUAACCGCUUCACCUCCAGCUCAUUGCCCUUCCGAGAAGGAGAAGGCUUAACAAACCCAGUUUUCCUUCCUCCAUCAAACCCUAACCCUGAUAGAAAUCCGGGACCUCUUCUCAUGGCGAAACCCAGUUCAGACCACGAUUCAGACCCAAACAUACGCCUCUACAAUCCCUACCAAAACUACGACGUCCCAAUCAACGCUCCCUAUCUUUACAAGCUCCCCACAUCACCGGAGUUCCUCUUUACCGAAGAAUCUCUCCACCAACGUCGAUCUUGGGGCGAGAAUCUUACCUUCUACACUGGUUCUGCUUACCUUGCUGGUUCUAUCUCUGGUGCGGCUGUCGGAUUCUACUCAGCUAUGAAGAACUUCGAGCAAGGCGACACUCUCAAGCUCAAAAUCAACCGUAUAUUGAACUCUUCCGGACAGUCGGGUCGGGCAUGGGGAAACCGGAUCGGGGUGAUCGGUCUCAUUUACGCAGGGAUUGAGAGCGGCGUGGUGGCUGCCACCGAUAGGGACGAUGAGUGGAGCAGUGUGGCGGCGGGGCUCGGCACGGGAGCCUUGUAUAGGGCUGCCAGAGGGGUGAGGUCGGCAGCGGUGGCUGGAGCGCUAGGAGGGAUCGCUGCAGGCGCGGUCGUAGCUGGGAAGCAGGCUUUUAGGAGAUACAUGCCGAUAUGAAGAGGGGAGAAAGACAUUGUGAGUUACUUUGAGUUGAACGUACAUUUUCAUUUUUAUUCUAUUAAAAUUUUGAUAGGGAAAGGAUUGUAUGGGCGUUAUCACGGACUAAGAUCGUCUUGGGAUGAUAGGUUUUGGUGUAAUUUGUCAUAUGAUAGAUGGUUGAAUAUCACGGAUUAAUAAGCUUGUAACUUUUUCAAUCAAUCCAAUAUUUGUCGAUCGGUAUUCGAUCAAUGAUUUUGCA